AUGAGGAGCUUGCAGCGCGGCCGGCAGUACGGUCUCCUCGAGUGGGGCCGGAAAGUGAACAGGGCCAAGAACGGCGAAUCAACAAGCGAACUCAGCCUGUGCGAGGUCUUUGAGCAUGAGGAAGAUUUCUCUCGUCUUCAGCUACUGGAGAAUGAGACACACAUCUUCCCCGUCGAGUUUAUCAAGUCUAGUGAAUACGCUUACGAGGCUUCCAAGCGGAAGAUGCUCUUGCUGAAGCUACCCGGCAUGCCAUCCGACCUUACGCAGCAGGACAGGCUACAGUUUUUCUCAUCUCUCGUGCCGCUCGAUCAAACGCAAAUGAUCGUCAAUGAGCUCGAGUCCAACGACGAGCCGAUAGCUAUAGGCAAGCUCUCGCUGUUGCCCGUAGCGGGCGCCAUGCGGAUCGACAUGGAUACGCUCAAGGCACUGUCCGUUUUCAGUACCGAAACCCACCCCAGCUCGCACGGUAUCGGUAAGCCGAAGGAAGGCUUUUCGUUAUUCUCGCUCUAUCGCCCACAUACGCCACUGGGCAAGCGCCUGUUAAGCUUUGUUAAACAUGGAGACAUCAGGAAGUGGUUCUUGUUGCCUCAGACGACAACCGCGCUCCUCCAUGACCGUCUGCAGCACAUCGACUACUUGACCCGUCUGUUCCAAUCUUUGAUCGGGUGUAUUCGAAUCAAGGAGCUCUGCGAGCCACACGAGCUUCGUUUGUUCAAGCAGGUUGUGGCGAGCUUCAACGAGCCCCUCUAUGAUUUGGUGCAUACGCUCGCUUCAACGAUAGACUUCGAGGCAUCGAAGGAGUUCGGCCGUCUCACCAUCAAGGAGGGUGUGUGCCCCUCACUGGACGAGCUGCGGAGCAUCUACCAGAAUCUCGACAGCUUGCUGACUUCGUUUGCCAAGGAAGAGCUAACCACGCUGGCCAGUCCGUUGGUUACGAGCCUAUCGAUCGUUUACUACCCCCAGGUGGGCUAUCAAGUGGUCAUACCGCAGAGACCUGACGUGGCGCUAGGCGAAUUGGUCAAAUGCGCCACUCUCGAGUAUCAGUUUCACACGACCAAGUACGCCUAUUUCAAGAACAGUUUCAUGAGAGAACUCGACCAGAGCGACGAACUCGGAGUACAAGUGGUGCGCGCCGACACUCUGCGAAUCAAACUGCAUCCGCAUCAAGGGGACGACAGCCACGUGCUGCUCCUCUCCGGUGCGAAUGGCUCGGGGAAAUCAGUGUAUCUGAAACAAGUGGGGCUCAUUGUCUUCUUGGCUCACAUCGGGAGCUUUGUACCGGCUGAUGAGGCCACGAUCGGACUCACGGACCAAAUUUUCUCCCGCAUCUACAGCAGAGAAACGGCAUCAGUCCAGGUCUCGAGCUUCAUGAUUGAUCUCAACCAAGUGGCCGCCAUGCUGCGCCAUGCUACGGGCCGGUCUCUGCUGCUUCUGGACGAAUUCGGCAAGGGGACCAACGUCGUUGAUGGCGUGUCGGUACUGGGCGGAGCACUUCACCAUCUGCUAUCGCGCGAGGAAACCCCCAAGGCCAUCGUCAGCACUCAUCUCGGCGAGUAUUUCGACAACCAAACCCUUCUGCCGGAGACCCGCGCCCUCUCCUUCGUGCACAUGGACGUCUUUGUCAAGGAAGAUGACGCCCAACGAGAUGUCGUCUUUCUGUACAAGUACGCCCUUCCCUCCACUGCGCCAUCCCUAGCAGCAACCGCCAAGCCGGCAGGCUUACCGCGAGACAAAGCUACGGACACUAUGUGGGGCAGCUCUCCGGGAUUCCUCAGGCCGUUGUGGAACGCGCAGAAGCCGUCAAGGCUCUCCUCGCCGCGGGCCAACCCGUGA